AUGGCCUCACUCAUGGGGCACCUCCCCAACCACACCCGUUUCACCGCCUUCAUUCUCGUCUGGUUAUUCAUACCACUGACGAUCAAUAUGACAGCGGGCCAGGAGAGCACGGGUGAUCCACCAGAGGACGAGUACAGCUGGUGGAAAUAUGUCAGGGGCCCGUUCAGCAACACCAUCUCUCCAGUUCGUUUGCUCUCGAAAUACACCAGCGGUAAUAUCAGCAACCCGGAAGGCCUGCUCAGUGGCGGGAUCACCACACUCGCUAGAAGCGGCUCCGAUGAAAGCAUUCCAUCGCUCGUGCUGGACUUGGGACGGAAUUAUGCCGGGGUGCUGAGUAUCGACUUUGCAGGAGCCGAACCGUCCGGUCAAGGCCUUUUGAACACGACGUCCCUACCUGGUAUCACUCUCGCCUUUUCGGAAACACUCCAGUUCCUGACCAACAGGAGCGACUUCACGAGGUCUGACAACCAGCCUGACGGGGAGAAGUUCACCAACGGGACCGACCAGAUCGCGGUGCAGAAGCAGCCGUACACGUGGACGAACAAACUCGGGUGCCAGUUCCCCGAGGACCACAAGGUCUGCUCGGACGGCUUCCACGGGUUCCGCUACCUGCGCAUCUCGCUACAGGCUCUUGAAGAGGACGCGCCGCACACCACAGGGUUUGGAAGCGUGUCUCUCUCCGGCGUGAGGCUGGCCUACUCUGGCUUCAUUGGCACGCCGGACACCUUCACGGGGUUCUUCGAGUGCAGCAACGAGACCCUCAACCAGUGGUGGUACGACGGGGUCUACACCAACGACCUGGCCACCGACAUAUUCCGGGCCAACGACACGGAGCCGCGCGACGCGUUCACGCCCGGCCUGGUGGACAAGGUUGUCCUGCACGACGGGGCGAAGCGCGACCGCGACCCGUACGUCGGCGACCUGGCCGUGUCGGCGAUGACCCUGUACGUCAGCCACGGGGACCCCGCCCCGGCGCGAAACGUGUUGGCGGACUUGGCGGACCACCAGAGGGCGGACGGGUGGAUUCCGCCGGCGAGCAUCCGAAACUACUCGCUGCCCCUGUUUGACUACCCGCUCUGGUGGGUAGUCUGCUCUUACGACCUUGUCAUGUACCACCGCGACACCGACUACCUGGACAAGUAUUACCCGAACAUGGUGAAAGUUCUCGAUGUGUACUACCCCAACUGCACCAACGCAGAUGGUCUGCUCGAGAAGGGACUGGGCAACAGCGCCGGCUACGGCGACUACGCGUUCCUGCCCCGCACGGGCGUCAUCACGUACUACAACGCGCUGUACAUGAUGGCCCUGAAGGGGGCAGAGAAACUGGCCAAAUUCCACGGCCAGGAUGACGACGCCGCGAGGUGGAAGGAGCGCGCCGACGCGAUCGGCCCCGCGCUCAUCAAAGAGAACUGGGACAGCAGUGUCGGGGCAUUCUUUGACGGCGGGCCGUGCCCCGGGGACAACAGCAGUACCAAGUGCCCCGUCCACGCGCAGGACGGCAACAGCAUCGCGAUCCUGGCCGGCGUGGGCGUCUGGUGGAAAGCCCCGUUCUCGAUCCUGGAGUACCUCUCCAGGGCGCUCAGGAGGCCCUACGGCAACGCCUUCUACGACAGCAGCGCCCUCAGCCCGGACGACCAGUUCGACCAGCGCGUGUACGCCUUCAUCAGCUACUUCGAGCUGGCGGCGCGCUUCGCGUACGACGCGGACUCGGCCUUUGACGAGCUGCAGCGGCUGUACGGCUGGAUGAUCACCCACGACCCGUCGUCGACGUUCUGGGAGGGCAUCGGGCCCGGGGGCAGGCCCUACCAGGACGGGUUCACGUCCAUGGCGCACGGCUGGUCCUCGGGCGUCACGCCGCUGCUGACCAACUACGUCCUCGGCCUGACGCCGCUGGAGCCCGGGUUCGCCAGCUUCAUGUUCGCGCCGUGCGACUCGGAGCCGGUCGGCAUGGACUGGGCCCGGGGCCAGAUCCAGACGCCCAAUGGGCCGCUCUGGGUCCAGUGGACCAUCAAGCCAGCGGCUGGCUUGCAGAUGUUGGUCUCUGCGCCGGCCGGGACGACGGGUGAUGUUGUCGUGCUCCUCGCCAACGGGAGGACCAAGGUGAGCAGGAACGGAGAGGUUGUCUGGACGAAAGAUGGAGGGGCCAUCGCGGAGGGUGUCAACCCUGGCGAUGGGAAAGUUGUGGUGAGCGUCACGGGUGGCAGCCGUCAAGUCAUUGAGGCGGCGUAG